CGGACAGUGCUAUGAGUUUCUCACUCUUCACACAGUGAAAAAAUACUUUCUUCCAAUAAUAGAAAUGGUUCCACAGUUUUUAGAAAACUUAACUGAUGAAGAAUUGAAGAAAGAAGCAAAGAAUGAAGCCAAAAAUGAUGCUCUUUCAAUGAUUAUUAAAUCUUUGAAGAAUUUAGCUUCCCGGGUUCCUGGACAAGAAGAAACUGUAAAGAACUUAGAAAUAUUUAGGUUAAAAAUGAUACUUAGAUUAUUGCAAAUUUCUUCUUUCAAUGGAAAGAUGAACGCACUGAAUGAAGUUAAUAAGGUCAUUUCUAGUGUGUCGUACUAUACCCAUCGGCACGGAAAUCCUGAGGAAGAGGAGUGGCUAACGGCAGAGAGGAUGGCUGUGAGUCCUUUCACUGUUUUUUAACUAAAGAAAUACUUAAACCUGGAAUGGCGGUCACUGACAUUUGAAUGUUGUUGUUCUGAUUAAAUUUACAGGAUCGUUAGUCUCAAGCUUUCUAAAGUAGCAUAAUUAUUUGGUAGCUGAUUAUGUGAUAAAUUUAUUGUUGAAUGUAAUCAUUAGUUCAUUGUGAGUUUUGCUAUAAACUGGGAAAUUGAUUAAAAGGGAAUACAGGAGAUAAUAUUUGAACAUGAUUGAAGAAAGGGGCCUGUUCAUGUGACCAAUUCCAGUUAAUGGCUUAAAUCAUGAAAUACACAGAUGGGUAUGGUGGUGCACAACUGGAAUCUCAACACUGGAGAGGCAGAGGCAGG